UAAUUAAUUUCUGUAUAUAAAUUGAGUAAUAUUUAACUUGUGAUAAUUAAUCAAAUGAAUGUGUUUCUUAACAUUUGUAAAAUCAUAAAAUGCCUAGUUUAAUAAUGUAAAUUGGUGCUGUGGUAAAACAGACAACAAACAUCCUGGACCAAAAAAAGAAAAGAAAAGAAGCCCCUGUGCAGUUCAUCAGUAUUUCCAGUAGGUGGCAGGGUCCUAUUUUCCUCUCCCACGGUUGCUGCUCUGUGUGCACUUGGGUGUUUUUAAGAUGUGCUAUCAUGACAGCUAAUUGCUCUCAUUGGGACGUGGUUGGGUAGAUUGCCUGGUCGCUGCUAUCACUCACCACAUAUUGAAGGGAAUUGAGCUUUUUGCUUUUACCAGAAUAUAAUAUACAUUUUUUACAGUUCAUUUUUAUCACCGAAUGCACUCAGCUUUGAGGUAAGAAUGCAGAAAGUAAAUAUAGCUGUUAAAAGUUCCGCUUGGGAGAAACAAAGCAAAUGAAAAAUAGUAAGUUUGUUUAUUCAUUUGUUGUUUCCAGCGUGUGAAAUGAUCUUUUGUUGUAGCCCCGUAAACAUUUCCAUUUAGCAGAACAAUAAAGCGGCUGAUAGCUGGGCCACUUUUUGUUCUUUCCGCUGGAUAGCUGUGUUUACUUAUCUGUUGUUUAAUUAAAGAGCCUCUUUUCUUUGGGCUCCCAUUGUUUAAAUGGCAUGGCCGGAGUCCCGGCACAGGUCAAAGGGUCAACUCUGUCUUUUUUUUUUUUUUUUUUAAAGGGCCCCCCUACCACACAAAAGACACGGGUUCACCUGCAGCUCAGCCUGCAGCUCCCCCAUUGUGAGGCCCCCAUUUGAAUCGAUUAUGUUCUCAGGGCUGCUUGUGAUUGGUGGAGAAGGGUGUGGUUGAUUGGAUAGUUUAGUAUCUUGUCAGCCCAGGAAAGGAAGCGUGCGCGCUCGCAACGCGUCGGCGUUCAGACCGAGGCUGAAGACGCCACAGCACAACAGCGGUUGUUCUCAUCCUGCCCGCCUGCGUUGCCUCUGCCUCUCCCCGCCGCUCGCCCCGACUCCCACCCACUCUCCUCUCUCUCUCUCCUCUCUCUCUCUCUCUCUCUCUCUCCUUCCUUUGCCGCUCUCGUCUCCUCUCUGCUUCACUCCACACCGCGUGGCCCGGCUUUCUGUUUACCCUGCCAGCUAAAUGGAGUUUGUCAGGUUCCAGCGUCAGCGGCUAUGAUGACACCUCAAGUGAUAACUCCUCAGCAGAUGCAGCAGAUCCUUCAGCAGCAAGUCCUGAGCCCUCAGCAGCUCCAGGUUCUUCUCCAGCAGCAGCAGGCCCUCAUGUUACAGCAGCAGCAACUUCAGGAUUUCUACAAGAAGCAGCAGGAACAGCUCCACCUCCAGCUCCUCCAGCAGCAUGCAGGCAGCAAGCAGAGUAAAGAGCAGCAGGUGUCAGCGCAGCAGUUGGCCUUCCAGCAGCAGCUCCUUCAGGUCCAGCAGGUCCAGCAGCAACAUCUGCUCAACCUUCAGAGGCAAGGGCUGCUUUCUAUCCAGCCGGGACAAACGGCGCUGCCCCUGCACUCCCUCACUCAGGGCAUGAUUCCUGCAGAGCUCCAGCAGCUAUGGAAGGAGGUUACAAACGCUCAUGUGAAGGAGGAGCACAACAACAACAGCAGCAGCAACAACGGCCACCGGGGCCUCGACCUGUCCUCCCCGACGCCACCAAAGAACCCACUCCACAACCAGCACGCCACCACCAAUGGGCAGUACAUGAGUCAUAAGAGAGAAGCAGCCACCGUGGAAGAGUCCUCCCCCCACAGCCACCCUCUCUACGGCCACGGCGUUUGCAAGUGGCCUGGAUGUGAAGCGGUGUUCGAUGAUUUCCAGUCAUUCCUCAAGCAUCUUAACAAUGAGCACGCCCUGGAUGACAGGAGCACCGCCCAGUGCCGGGUGCAAAUGCAGGUCGUACAACAGCUGGAGCUGCAGCUAGCGAAAGAUAAAGAACGUCUGCAAGCGAUGAUGACGCACCUUCACGUCAAAUCCACAGAGCCCAAAGCUACCCCGCAACCGCUCAACUUGGUGUCCAACGUCACGUUGUCCAAGUCGGCCCUUCCCGAAGCCUCUCCUCCGCUGAGCCUGCCCCAGACCCCCACCACACCCACAGCGCCGCUCACGCCCCUGUCCCAGACUCACUCUGUCAUCACGGCGAACAACCUCCACAGCAUGGGCCCCAUGCGACGGCGUUACUCUGAAAAAUACAACAUGCCCAUCUCUCCAGAUCUCAGUCAGAACAAAGAAUUUUACAUGAACGCAGACGUCAGACCGCCUUUCACGUACGCCUCGCUCAUAAGACAGGCCAUCCUGGAAUCGCCUGAAAAGCAGCUAACACUAAACGAAAUCUACAACUGGUUCACACGAAUGUUUGCAUAUUUCAGGCGCAACGCAGCAACGUGGAAGAAUGCAGUCCGCCAUAAUCUUAGUCUUCACAAGUGUUUUGUGCGAGUAGAAAACGUAAAAGGGGCCGUGUGGACAGUGGACGAAAUAGAGUUCCAAAAGAGACGGCCUCAAAAGAUCAGUGGGAGUCCGGCACUGGUGAAGAAUAUUCAGACUAGCUUGGGCUACGGUCCGACUUUCUCCGCUGCCUUCCAGGCUUCAAUGGCAGAGAACAACAUACCUCUAUACACAAGCGCUUCCAUUGGGAGUCCCACCCUCAACUCGCUGGCCAACGCCAUCCGCGAGGAGAUGAAUGGGGCGAUGGACCAUGGAAACAGCAACGGCAGUGACAGCAGCCCGGGACGCUCGCCCCUGCCAGCUAUGCAUCAUCACAUCAAGGAGGAACCACUAGACCCGGAGGACCACGAAGGGCCCCUGUCCCUGGUCACGACAGUCAAUCACAGUCCAGAUUUCGACCACCACAGAGAUUACGACGACGACCAGGUCCACGACGACAUGCUGUGAGAGCUCAGCGGCCGAGGCAGUCGCCGCCAUGAACUGCGAUCUCACGGCCGCCGAAGGCGAAAUUCGCCAAGUAACUUUUUAGUGCCAUAACAACACAUCGCAACACGAGAGUCCCCACUUUUUACUUUAUGUCAAGACAAGCCUGCUUUCUUCGUUUGGUACGUGGCGACAUGUUCGCUGUCGGAGAUGAGGGACCAAAAGGGGGCGGACACCCUCGCCACACAGCCAGGGAGGCGGACUGUGAUGAUAUGCCCCCUUCCCCGCUGCCCCUUAUACACCCCCCCACCCUCCACCGCCACACAAUUGAGGACUCCGAAACUUGACAGAGACCAAGUGAGUGGCGUGUCAUUUCCAUGGAUGUGCGUUCACUGCCUUCUACACUUUGCUUGGAGUCCAUCUACUGUGAGUUAUUUUUUUUGUUGGGGGGGGGGGGGGGGGGGGGGUCGUUCUUCAAUGUCAACAUAACGUGUCUUUCCAUCGGUCAAUGCUGAUAUUGAUGUUGUGUCUUUUAUUUUUUUUUCUGAAAACUCAUCAGACCUCAUGUCCGUGCUGUGGAGAUUGUGUGUGUGUGUUUUGCACUUGAUGAUGAAUGUUUAUGAUUUCCUUUAUGUUCUUCCAAAACACACAUGAAGCAGAAUGUGUCAUUUAUUCUGGAAUAAAAAAAAAAAAACAUGCACCCUGACUAUUCACCACCUCGGCGCACCCCCUCAGCGCACCGCCGCGCCCACCCUCGCUGCACUGGCAGCAGUCAUGUAAUGAAGGCGCUCUCCACGCAUCAGUGAAGCCUAAUUUAAGAUGCAAAUGAAUGACAGAGGAAUCAUACAGGUUAUGAUUUAUCCUUAUGACAUUACACUUGGAGCAGCCUCUCACGGCCGAGCGUGUCGAGCUGCAACACAAUUUCUGAUCACUUACAAGCGGCGGGCGGCUUAGCCAGAGAAAAUGAAAAUGUCAGGUGUGCACAGGCCAGAUCAUAAUUUAGAACGACUAAUUGUGAUACCUGAAUGCAGCCGUCAUUGUCCAUCAGAUGGGGGGAGUUCAACUUCAACUUUUCAUUUAUUCGGUCACAUGACUUUUUCAUUAAUAAUUGCACACCAAAUGUGUGUUUUCUGCCAUGAAGGGAAAGACUUACAAUAAGACCUAGAGGUGUCCUGAUCCAAUAUUUAUAAUAGAUAUCGGGCAAAUAUCAGAAAAAAGUACACAAACUAAAGCCACAGAUAUAAUAUGUCCAUUUUUUAUGUCCAAGUGUAUGCAUACAAUAAAAACUUACCUGAAAUAUAUCAGAAGGUCGUACUUUUUACACAUAAACUACACAUUAAACAGGCUGAAAAGCAUAAUUAGUGUCCUAAUUAUAAUUGUUAGUGUCCUAACAACUAUAGUUGCACAUUACUUACAGACACAAAGUCUCCAAAACUAUUAGAAAGUAUUCCGUAAUUUUAAAAAAAAGCAUUCGGUAAACAUUCGAUUUGUGUACCUAAUUGCGUCACAAGCUUAACUCAAUGAAUUAGCGUUAGCAAACCACCACAACACUUUACACCAGUAAAUUAGAAAGUAGAAUUCAAUGAGGCAACUUGAGAAAAAUGGCAAAAAAUUAGUCAAAAUACGAACAGAAAACUUAUAAUCUAUGCCUUGCAAUUGAUUACCAGUUACCCAAUUACUUCGAAGUGAAAAUGUUGUAUCAGGACACCCCUAACAACACCUAACAAUUGCACAUUCCAUCUUUUCCUAGCCAUAAGGAAGCACAGUAGAGAACACGGACGGGAGAAUCCGCAUCCACUUCCAAUUCCCUCUCAGCCAAAAUGGGCUUUAAAAAAAGUCCGACUUCAAACCAACGACUUCUAAUCGUUUCUUAUUUAUUACGACCAGCUGCUUUAUUUGGCUCGUGAAUUAUUGAUGUUUUUGACUACCAAAGAGAGAGUACAGAAUCAAUGAUGUGUGUUCCAUGUAAAAGCAGAUCAGGCCAAAAAUGGCUCCCAUUUUUGUUUUUUUUUUCCCCUCUCCUGUUGGAUGGUCUCAAACUAAAAGUACAGCUUCGGUGACCAAAAGUGAGAGUCCAUUCCGAAUUAAUGCAGACUUUGUUUUUGGGCUAAUGAGCGAGUAAAAAAAAAAAGUGGAAAUAUGGCGAACACGACUAAUGUGAAAUGGAUUCUUGACUUCAACUGGACCACACAAUGAUCCCAUGUUUGUGUUUUUGAAUGAUUGUAUGCCUCAUUUUCUGUGUUUUCACUGUCUUGGUUGGGGUCCCACUUUCCACUUUCCACUCUCACAUUGACAAGACGUCAUGAUUGUGUUUUAAAAUUCUGUAUUACUUUUUAUAUUAAAAAAAAAAACACUCCUGUCAACUAAUACGCCGGGUACAAGGUACUUUGUGGCAGUUAUUGGUAUCGCUUUCUAAUUUUACUACUAGGGCAAAUCCGGCUGUGGGAUGGGUCAGUGCCGGUCGGGCUGGGAUCGUGAGAACCGACCCCCCCAGGAAAGACGACGCUGGUCAAUUACAUCAUCUGAAGCAUGUGUGGCAUUUCUGCAAACAUUUCUAAAGAUAACGGCAUGAGAAAUGGCUCGACAUGGGGGAAUCAUUCAUUGGCUUCCACUCGGUUCUUGUCGUGCAUGAUCCUGUAGGAAGAAAAUCCUGAAAAAGAUUUGUCUUCAAGGUUCCGUCAUUCAUUUUUCCAAAGAAGCAGCGCUCCUUCUGUUUUUAUGUGGCGGUUUUUCGGGCACUCGAUGACGUUUUUGACUUCACGCUGUUGUUUUAUCUUCACGUAUCAGCAACGAGAGCAGCUGCUGCGCUGAACGUUUACUUGCUUUUCUGAAAGAAAACCAUCAAGGCGAGAUAUGCGGGGGUUAGGGGGAAGGAGGGGUAUUGCCCCGAAUUUUUUGGAUUUCCAACUGUAAUAUAAAAGACAGACUUUUCUCUGUUAUCAACUUAAGGCUUUUUGUACAGACGUCUCCCUUUUUCGUGUUUUUCUACUCCCUUUUGAUGGUCCGACCACUGCCUCCCGUGGCCAUGACAUGUGAAACAUUAGUAAAAGCCACACACGUGUAUUUGCUCUUUUUAAGCUACGGAGACGUGUUGCAUGACAAAGCCCUGGCUCCUUAGAAUUCCAGUGAUCAGUAAUAAUAUAAGGGUGAUAUUUUAUAUGGAGUUAAUAUGGGGGAAAAAGAUGAAAAAUAUGCAGUGCCAAGAUGUAAAAGAUGUAAAGAUUAUUGUUAAAUAUUAUCUUUUUUUUGGUUUUGUUUUAUGUUUAAAAGGAAAUUAUUCACUCGUGCAUCAAAAUGUGCCCUUGUCAUUCAAAAGUUUUCUUAAGAAGCCAUCGUUCCAUCCACCGUGUCUGCCAUUGCAUCGGACUCCAACUCGCUUCCCUUUUAUGCAGACGAUGAGUGGAAGUGGAGCCGCCAUGUUCUUCUCAUCCAUUUUUUCUUUGUUUUUUUAAGAUGUGCUAUGUUGUUUCAUUUUCUUGUUUAUUUUUUUUUAGAGGAAUAUUCUUGCGUUUCUCUUCCAUGAGUGUGUAACGUCAUCAUUCCUUGUCUAAACUGAUGCAGACCACUCGUGUAGUCAGUCCAACCACUGACGUGAGCAUUCGAAACAUGCAAUAAAAUGCUGGUUGUUAAGAUGGUUUCCUCUUGUUGCUUCUG